CGAGGGAAAGGGGGCAGUGUGAAGAAGAGGCUCUUCUGGAACGUACCAAAGGCCUCUUUCGGGGAGUUUUCCCCCUGGCACCCCCUCCGAGGUGGCGCCUAUGGUUCCCCCCGUGCCCCAUUUUCUCCUCACAACAGCCCCGCGAGGUAGCGGCUCCAACCCCUUCCAGCAUUUGGAAAAGAGUUCUGUCCUCCAGGAGGCGCGUAUCUUUAACGAGACCCCCAUAAAUCCAAGAAGAUGCCUGCAUAUACUUACCAAGAUCCUUUACUUGCUGAACCAGGGUGAACAUUUUGGAACAACGGAAGCCACAGAGGCCUUCUUUGCAAUGACAAGAUUGUUUCAGUCAAAUGAUCAAACAUUAAGGAGAAUGUGUUACCUUACCAUCAAAGAGAUGGCCAACAUUUCGGAGGAUGUCAUCAUUGUCACUAGCAGCCUGACCAAAGACAUGACUGGGAAGGAGGAUGUGUACCGAGGCCCUGCCAUCAGAGCCCUCUGUAGAAUCACGGAUGGCACCAUGCUGCAGGCCAUUGAGAGGUACAUGAAGCAAGCCAUUGUGGACAAAGUCCCCAGUGUCUCCAGUUCAGCGCUGGUGUCCUCCUUACACAUGAUGAAGAUCAACUAUGAUGUGGUCAAACGGUGGAUCAAUGAAGCCCAGGAAGCUGCUUCCAGUGACAACAUCAUGGUGCAGUACCAUGCCUUAGGGCUGCUCUACCACCUUCGGAAGAACGACUGCCUUGGUGUUUCCAAGAUGCUGAAUAAAUUCACUAAAUCUGGGUUGAAAUCCCAGUUUGCAUACUGCAUGCUGAUUCGGAUCGCCAGCCGGCUGCUGAAAGAGUCUGAGGAGGGGCAUGACAACCCGCUGUUUGAUUUCAUUGAAAGCUGCCUGCGGAACAAACACGAGAUGGUCAUUUACGAGGCUGCCUCCGCCAUCAUCCAUCUCCCAAACUGUACAGCCAGAGAACUGGCACCGGCAGUCUCAGUGCUCCAGCUCUUCUGUAGUUCUCCCAAGCCUGUCCUGAGAUACGCCGCAGUCAGGACCCUCAAUAAGGUAGCGAUGAAGCACCCGUCAGCAGUAACCGCCUGCAAUUUGGACCUGGAAAACCUGAUCACGGAUUCGAACCGCAGCAUUGCCACCCUGGCCAUCACCACCCUCCUGAAGACAGGGAGCGAGAGCAGCGUGGACAGGCUCAUGAAGCAGAUCUCGUCCUUCGUGUCCGAGAUCUCAGACGAGUUUAAGGUGGUGGUGGUCCAAGCCAUCAGUGCCCUGUGCCAGAAGUACCCGCGGAAACACAGCGUCAUGAUGACCUUCCUCUCCAACAUGCUCCGGGAUGAUGGUGGCUUUGAGUACAAGCGAGCCAUUGUCGACUGCAUCAUCAGCAUCAUCGAGGAAAACCCAGAGAGCAAGGAAUCCGGCUUGGCCCACCUCUGCGAGUUCAUUGAAGACUGCGAGCACACGGUGCUGGCCACCAAGAUCCUCCACCUGCUGGGCAAGGAAGGGCCCAGGACCCCCUCCCCUUCCAAGUACAUCCGAUUCAUUUUCAACAGGGUGGUGCUGGAAAACGAAGCUGUGAGGGCCGCUGCCGUCAGUGCAUUGGCAAAGUUUGGGGCCCAGAAUGAGAACCUCCUUCCCAGUGUCUUGGUGCUCUUGCAGAGGUGCAUGAUGGACAGCGACGACGAGGUCCGCGACCGAGCAACCUUCUACCUGAACGUGCUGCAGCAGAGGCAGCUGGCUCUGAACGCUGCAUACAUCUUUAACGGCUUGACCGUCUCCAUUCCCGGCAUGGAAAAGGCCCUGCACCAGUACACCCUGGAGCCCACGGAGAAGCCUUUUGACAUGAGGUCCGUGCCUCUGGCCACUGCCCCCACCUUUGAGCAGAAAGCAGAGAUUGCCCUGGUGGCCAACAAGUCCGAGAAAAUGGCUCCGUCGCGGCAGGACAUAUUCCAAGAACAACUGGCUGCCAUUCCAGAGUUCAAGAAUUUGGGCCCUCUCUUCAAGUCAUCCGAUCCAGUGCAGCUGACCGAGGCCGAGACGGAGUAUUUUGUCCGCUGCAUCAAGCACGUCUUCUCAAAUCACGUUGUCUUCCAGUUCGACUGCACAAACACCCUCAACGACCAGUUACUGGAGAAGGUGACAGUGCAGAUGGAGCCUUCCGACGCCUAUGAUGUGCUCCGCUGCAUCCCUGCCCCCAUCCUCUCCUACAACCAGCCAGGCAUGUGCUACACCCUUGUCCGGCUGCCCCUGGACGACCCCACGGCAGUCGCCUGCACUUUUAGCUGCACUAUGAAGUUCACUGUGCGAGACUGCGACCCUCACACUGGAGUGCCGGACGAGGACGGCUACGACGACGAGUACGUGCUGGAAGACCUGGAGCUGACUCUCUCCGACCACCUCCAGAAGGUCUUGAAGCCCAACUUUGCAGCUGCCUGGGAAGAAGUUGGGGAUGACUAUGAGAAAGAAGAGACCUUUGCUCUCAGCACUAUCAAAACCCUGGACGAAGCUGUCAGCAACAUUGUGAAGUUCCUGGGCAUGCAGCCGUGCGAGAGAUCCGACAAAGUGCCCGAGAACAAGAAUUCGCACACGCUCUACCUGGCCGGUGUGUACAGAGGCGGCUCGGAUGUGCUGGUGAGGUCCAGGCUCGCUCUGGGAGAUGGCGUGACUAUGCAGGUGACUGUCCGGAGCACAGAGGAAACUCCGGUGGACGUCAUCUUGGCUUCCGUUGGUUAAGAGUCUUGGCAGCUCAUUCUGUGAGUCAACUCGCCCUCUCGCCACCUCCUGCCUCCAAGGCACUCCUGGGACCUCCAGUCCUGCAUGCCUCUUUCAUUUUCCCUCCUCUCGGUCAGCCGUUUUCUGUGGCAACUGGGGGCCCGGCAGCCCACCCUGCCUCUUCUUCCACACAACUGGAGCUGGGCGUUCAGCCCCCUUGCCCACAAACGCCCCAGCUCCACCUCUGCAUUCCUGUAAUAAAUUAUUCUCUUUCUGUGCUGCCCGUAGAGGCAGAAAAGCUGUUAGAAGAUCCUUUUUUUAAAAAAAAGAAAAUCAACUUUUCUUGAAUGGACUUUUAUUAACAGAAAAUAAACAUGGGCUAUCCCAACACUGAUGCAUCUUUUCCCAACUUGUGCUGUUUAAUAAAAUACAUUCUGUAGUAAC